AUGUCGGCUCGAGCAGGCGGGAGCGGUCCUUAUAGGCAAAAAUGUAACCCCCACUCGAGGUACUCUUCUAGUAGUACACCUCAAGAGAAGACUGUGGAAGCCUCAGAAGUUACUCGAGAAGAAAUUGUGCUUCCACGAAGGAAAACCUGGGAUAAGCUAGCGGUUCUUCAAGCACUGGCUUCUACAGUGAACAGGGAUCCUACUGCUGCUCAUUAUAUGUUCCAGGAUGACCCUUUCCUUAUGCCAAGAAAUACAGCCAAUUCUCGUCUGCUUUCAUUGUCGAAGGAGUCUGGGAGAAGUGCUGCCAAAUACAUUAUUAAGGAAUUUCCUCAAUAUUUUGACAAGACAACUGCAGAGCCUAACAUACCAUGUUUGAUGCCUGAGAGUCUUACACCUCAGAUUGAAGGAGUGAGUGAGGCAGCUCUGAAAGAGCGUAUCGAGCUCAGAAGAGUAAAAGCUUCUGUAGACCUGUUUGAUCAGCUCCUACAAGCAGGCACCCCUGUAUCUCUGGAGACCACAAACAGGCUUUUAGAUUUGUUAUGCUUCUAUGGAGAUGGAGAAUCUGCUCAGGAAAAACAACAAGAACAAAAAGGAGCUGUGGAAGAUCCAGAGGAGAAUGCUUCAGAACAGAGAAGUCCAAAGAGGCAGUUGCAAAAAUCUUUGAACUCAUCUGACUUUAGAUGGAGGGAGAACAAUAACGCUGAAAGGAUAUUCAAGAUAAUGCCAGAGAGGAACGCGCACUCCUAUUGCACAAUGAUCCGUGGAAUGGUGAAGCAUGGGGCUCCUGCUAAAGCCUAUGACAUGUACACAGACUUACUGAAUAAAAGGCACAAGGCUGAUGUGCACACUUUCAAUGCACUGAUUGCAGCAGUCCCGUAUCUGAAGGAGAGGUUCACCGAAAGAUGGGAAUUAGUCAAGGACUUCCUGAAUCACAUGGUUCAACAGGAAGUGCAACCAAAUGUGCUAACCUUUAAUGCUGUACUGAAGACUCUGAGAAGAUGUGGUGGCGUAGGCAGAAGCGUGUCUGUAUCGGUAAUAAAGGAAAUGGAUGCACUUGAUAUAGAGCCUAGCCUUGCAACGUAUGAUCAUCUUCUCUAUAUAUUUUACAGAGCUGUUGAUCUUCACCCAUCAGCCAUCAUCAAUGAGGUGCUAGAGGAAGUUGAAAAGAGAAGUUUCACUCCCCAGGACCCAGAUGACGCCAACUUUUUUGCCACUGCUAUGCAAGCGUGCUGCGAUCUUAAGGAUAUCAAGCUUGCCUAUAGGUUAAAUAAGUUAAUGGAGAAGGGAGACAACUGGAAGUUCUUAGACAUGGAUCGGUUAAACGCCUACUGGUCAAAAUUCUUUUCGUUGCUGUGUAUGAUGGAACAAAUUGAUGUCGUCUUGAAAUGGUACAAAGAAAUGACCCCUUCGCUCUUCUAUCCAAGUCCUAGAAAUAUGUUUGACCUCCUUCAAGCACUGGAUGCAGCCAACCACUUGGAAGUGAUCCCUUCAGUUUGGGAAGAUAUCAAACAGUUGGGAUUUAAUAGGAAACAAGAUCUGCUGGAGGAGCUCUUGUCUUUGAUGAGCAGGGAGCAGCACCCUGAAGAGACUCAGCUCGCAUUUGCCAAAUGUGCUGAAGACAUUAAAGCUGUCCACGAGCAAUCCGGGAGGGACCAGGCCCUGUUAGAAUGGACAGGCAGUGCUCUGGGCCAUGUCGUCGUGUUGUUCUCCAGGGCUGGGAGAACGCAGGAUGCUUGGAACAUGAUGGAGCAUUUCCAGCAAAUCAAUAGGAUCCCCACAGACCAAGUGAUGGAUGAGUUCUUGAACUGUGCUAAACAAACCAAUUGCCCAGAUGAGGCGAUUAAGCUGGUAAAGCUGGCAGCCUCCCUUGGUCUUCCUUCAACUCUGAAGCUUAAAAGCAGAACAGAGCAGGAAUUUGAACUCUCUGAAAAGCAGAAGAAGGUAUUGGAGAGGAUCCAGUUGGAUAGCGACAGCAGUGAUAGUGACAGCGACAGCGAUAGUGACCAUGAUUAGCUGCCCCUCCUGCCUUCCCUUUGGGAAAAUUGGGAGUGACCACUGCUUUGACUCCAGGAUGCUUCUUUGUGAAGUGAAAUUACAGAAUCGACCGCUUUGGAGAGGUGCUGCGACUCUCUAUUUCCUACCUGUGUUACAGCACUUCACACCAUUGUGAUACGGGAACUACUUGGCAAGAGUAUGUUCUCCUCAUCAGAGCAAGCUGGGAGCCAUCUUGUUUAACCUCCUGAAAAACCUUGAACACAAAUGUGGGAUGCACCAGUGCGGUAUCUUCUGAAUCACUGCCUGCAAGAAAUAGCUGCUGCUGAGCAGCUGAGGCCUGUUUGAGCAGCGUGGCUGAAGGCCUGGGGAGCUCCUGUGCAGAAUGCUGCUUUCUGGAGGCUGCUCAGCAGGUGCAAGUGCUUUGACAACUUAGGCAAGAUCACACUUCCUGUGGCUUACACCUGCUCGGGAUUGAAUUCCUUUCCUGCUGUCAAGCUUUCAUGAACUACUUAAAGCUUACUCUGUACCUAAACACUGCAAGAAACGUAAUAUUAAUCACCUGUGGUGUUCCUCCUUGGUGGACCUAUAGAACCUACACCACCUUCUGGGUGUUCUGGAAUGGCCUUUGGCCUGUAGAGGUUAAAGCUGUGAUAGAAGUAAUUUAUUGUUAGUCUCUCUGCAGCUGAAGACUGCUGUAAAUGUCUGACAUUAAAAUACAGCUAAUAAUCUCUUAGCUAAACUGUUGAUUAUAGAAAGUCUUGCUGCUGAAGUUCAUGCAGAAUGCACCAAUAAAUGUACUGAGGGGACUUGAGGAA